AUGACCGAACAGACCGAUUCCACUAUGAGGGAAUCCUCUCGUCCGGAACCGGAUGUGCUUCUUUGUGGAUUCAAUUUGUCCAAUUUAUCCCGUGACGCCCGGUUUGCGGUGUGCGUGGUGGGCAUUUUUGUGGCUUAUUUGCUCUAUGGCGCGUUACAAGAAGCCAUAUUCACGGCCAGCAAAAUGCAGUCCUACUCGACCUUCCUGACUUUAUACCAGUUUCUCAUAUAUGUCAUUUUGAUAAGCUUGACCGAAUUCGUCCCAUCCAUUGUUGUCACCAGAUAUCAGCCUCCUUCUGUGGGCAUCAGUAUGUACUUCCUAUUGGCUGUGCUCUCCCUAGGAACCAUUGCCUUCUCCAACGCAUCCGUUGGCUUUCUGAACUACCCGACUCAAGUGAUCUUCAAAUGUUGCAAAAUGAUCCCUGUUAUGAUUGGUGGUGUCUUGGUACUGGGGAAACGUUACAACUGGAUUGAGGUCUCUGCGGUACUAUGCAUGACCUUUGGUCUGAUUUUUUUCACCUUGGUUGAUGUAGCUGUCCAGCCGAGGUUUAAUAUUAUUGGUAAGUCCAGAAGUCAGUUUUUAUUCGCAUUUCACUGA